GGACAUACGAUGGACGGGUGUGUGUGUGGUGGGUGUCAUGUGUCAUGGACGUAUUUCCUCAGGCCUGCGGCCUGCUUCUGCUCGUAGCUGUGGAACGUGCUGCGCACACACAGACACACACACACACACACAAUCCGACUCGUAUGCCAUCUCUCUCUCUCUCUCUGUGUGCUGUGUGUCCACAACCAAACCCCCACCUACCAGGGGUUGAGGUCCUCGUUGACGAUCACCCGUAGGGAGCCCGUGUUGGACUCCGGCUGAGCGGGCAAUGGGUGGUGCGGCAGCUGCUGGGGGGGCUGGGAGUGGCUGUGAGUGGUGUGGGUGUGGGGGCUCUCCUGCCGCUGACGACGGCUCUGCUCACGCUGCGGUGAUGCCUCUUGCUGACGGGGGGCAGUGUCGUCCUGAAUUCCAUCCAUCCAUCCAUGUGUGCAGGGGUCAUGGGUGCGAUUGGGUACCUACCUGUGUGGCCUCAAUUCUGAGAGGUGACUGGUCGGCCUGCCGCUUGAGCCGAUACAUGUACCAGAACAACGCCCCGGCAAGAGCCAGCAUCACCUGCACACACACACACAGAGAGAGAGAGAGAGAGAUGUUUGCAGACAUAUGCCUGUGGGUGUGUUGUGGUGUGGUGUGCUGCAAAGCGUACGAGUGCGAUGCCCGCGACGAUGGUGGGCAUAACCCACACGCGCUGAUCGCGGUUGAGCGACUCAACCUUCACACGCACCUUACGGACCUCCUCCUCUGUCAACACAAAGAGGACCACACACAGAGGAGCAGACCCGUGUGCACAUGGGCGCGCCUGUGUGUGAGUGUUUGUGUGCGAGUGUGUGUGUGCUUGCCUAAGCGUUCGAAUGGCGACGUCGCGCCAAGGGAAGAGACCUCACCUGCAGACGACCGCACACACACACAAACAGGGAAAUGAGGGACCAUGCGUGUGUGCAUCCCCCUCUCUCUCUCUGUGCGUGUGUGCGUGUGUGCGUGUCUUCAUUUCAUUCCUUCAUACCGUCCUCACACGAAGGAGGCCCGGCAACGGCACCCUCAUCUCUGAGAGGCCCGCCCCGUCUGCAGAUGAGAUGACACACAUACGGUGGCUGUGGAUGGACACGGACACACGUGUUUGUUGUCCGUCCUUACCUGUCCUUCAUGAGGGUGCAGAUGCCGUGUGUGUACGAGAACCACGAGCAAUCGUCCGUAUGCAUACACGCCUCCUGGCAGCUGCAAUCUCACACACAAUCACACACACGUGUCUGUCCAGACAACAACACACAAAGAGGGUGGGCGCACCUGACGGCCGUGUCGGCCAGAGUGAGAGUCUGCAGCCUGUCGCCCUCAUAGCGCACGUCAGUCUCGAAACAACCUGCUCAUACACACACACAGACAGACAGCCACAGAUACCCUGGUGGCCACCCACACCACACGAGAAGUCUCCCGAUCUGCGCACUUGUCUGGUUGCCGCCGUCCUUGCCCACCGCACCAGACAGGGGAUCUGCACACAACACACACCACCCACACCACACAACUCAGUUGCGCGCGCGUCCGUGAUCUCUGAGGGCGGCUGACGUACCGGCGCGGCUGCCCAGCAGCAAAGUGGUGAAAGACACUAACGCGACCCUCCUCAUUGGAUGCGCUGCGUCGUGUGGCACUGCCAAUGACUGCUUGAACCUUUUUC